CAUCAGUGAUGAUUAUGGUCAACAUGUUCUUCAGAGAGGACUAUUUUUAGACGCGUUUUCGGUCAGCUGCAGUCUCUUGCUGCGUGUGUAUGCUGGUGCUACUGUGCCAAGCUGCAUUUUAAUGAGCUCAUUAAACGCAUCACAUGUUCCCUUCAGUGGAAUCCCGUAUCUAUAUAUUGGAGAGCAGUCUGCACAAGAUAACAGACAAAGACAAAGACAAACCCAAACCUCUCCAAACUCAUCUGCCAGCAUUCCACGCAGCCCCCUGCUAUAACUCUCUCCUGCCCAGGAAAAGAAAGAAGACGCUAAAAAUAACUCGGACGCUCCACAGGUUGGUGUGUUGGAUGCUGAGAGGCUGCGGGCUGCAGGUUGGGGCGGGGCUGGAUGCUGGGAGGCUGUGAGCUCCAGUGAUUUCUUUCCUCCUCCAUUGAUCAGUAUAGUGAGGAAGGCGGAUCCUGUGACGUCGUCGCCAAGCUGCUCGGCUGCGUCAGAGUCCAGCUGAGCUGAGGAAGAAGGAAACAAGGAAUAAAAAGGACCGAGGUUCUGAAGGGCCGGGGAGAGCGGACUGAGAGAGCCGGAGAGACAGACCUGUGUCGUGCACACCACAGACAGACAGACAGACAGACAGACAGACAGACAUGGAGGGCUCCACGGAGGAAGAAUACAAAGAGAAAUUAUUGUGGAACGUCAAACGAGAGGUGAAGCAGAUUAUGGAGGAAGCGGUGACUAAGAAAUUUGUCCACGAAGACAGCAGCCACAUCAUUGCUCUCUGCACUGCAAUCGAGGCCUGUCUGGGUCACCUGCUGAAGAGACGGGCAGCUGGUUUCCUCCGCAGUGACAAGAUCGCUGCCCUCUUCACCAAAGUCGGCAAAGUCUACGACACCGCCGGCGAGGUUUGUCGUAAAGUACAGGAGCAGCUCCAGCAGCAGGCUGAUCUCACCAGGAGAACUCAGAGCAUGGGACAUGAACCUCUGAGGAGACAGGGUUCCUCCACCACCAGCCGUCCCCCUCAACCUCUCUCUGCCCAGGCCAUCAAGCACAUCUGGGUCCGAACAGCUCUCUUCGAGAAAGUUCUGGACAAGAUAGUGCAGUACAUUGUGGACAACUCCAGUAAAUACUAUGAGAGAGAAGCUCUGAUGCAUGACUCGGUCUUCGGGCCCAUCUUGGCAGCCCUGCUGGUGGGGCCCUGUGCUCUGGAGUACACCAAGCUGAAGACAUCAGAUCAUUUAUGGACUGACCCCUCAGCCAAUGAGCUAGUUCAGCGCCACCGUAUCCAUGGGGCCCACCGGAGCCAAGAUACCACGGCUGGCCGCCGGCCUGCUCUGGGGAUCCGCAAGAGACAGUCCAGUGGCAGCAUGUCAGAGGACAGGUUUGCUGCAUCAGCGAGGGAGUAUGUAGAGUCUCUUCACCAAAACUCCAGAACACACCUUCUUUAUGGCAAAAACAACGUCCUGGUGCAACCGAAGAAGGAAAUGGAAGUGUUGCGGGGCUACUUGUCACUCCAUCAGGCUGGGGAUAACCUCACCCUGAAGUGGACCCCCAACCAGCUCAUCAAUGGCACACUGGGAGACUGUGACCUGGAGAAGAGUAUCUACUGGGACUACGCACUGACUGUUCCUCUGCGCCAGAUAGUCUGUAUCCACUGUCAUCAGCGCCCUGACUGUGGUGGUACGCUAGUUCUGGUUAGUCAGGAUGGGAUCCAGCGGCCGCCCCUCCACUUCCCCCCUGGUGGUCACCUCCUGGCUUUCCUCUCCUGCCUUGAAACAGGCCUUUUACCACGGGGUCAGCUGGAGCCCCCCCUCUGGUCCCAGAAAGGCAAGGGGAAAGUGUUCCCUAAACUGAGGAAGAGAAGCAGUGCCGCCCGGCUCAUCGACCAGGACAGGAAUGGUGAGGAGCAGACAGCUGCUGACUACGUGUUUCGCAUUGUCUACCCAGGAUACCGCUACGACGCCAUCACUAUAAACUACCACCACACCACGGGCAGCCGCGCUCCAUCGCUGGACGAUGACGAGGAAGAGGAAGAUAGGCUCCAUGCUAUGAUCUCAAUGAUCUGCUCGCGGAACCUCACAGACCCUAAUGUCAUGAAAGACCAUGGGGAAAUGAUGGAGAUGCAGGGUUUUGGAGGAAGCCCGUCGUCGUGGCAACAGGCUGAAGUAACCACUCAUGAGUCACUGUGCCAGUCCUGCUCCACAGCUGGUAGCAACGUGUCAUUCAACUACCCGGGUGGCUGUACCUGCAUACACGACCCAUCAGACAUUCACACUAUUCCUCUCAAGAUGCUGUGCCAGAACAUGAAGAGGCAGAUAGUGUCCAGAGCCUUUUAUGGAUGGCUAGCCUACUGUCGACACCUGUCCACUGUGCGAACCCACCUGUCAGCUCUGGUCAACCACAACAUCGUUCCUCCAGACAGACCCUGCGAGGCGUCCGGGGGCCUCAGCAAAGAGGUGUGGAGCAAGUACCAGAAAGACUGCAAGAACUAUAAGGAGCUGGAGCUGCUGAGGCUGGUUUAUUAUGGUGGAGUGCAACAUGACAUCAGGAAGGAGGUCUGGCCUUUUCUGCUGGGACACUACAAAUUCGGCAUGGGCAAGAAGGAUAUGGGCCAGAUUGAUGCAAAGAUCAGUGAGCGCUACCAGCAGGUGAUGCGGGAGUGGAAGGCCUGUGAGGUGAUUGUUAAGCAGAGGGAGAAGGAGAUGCAGUCGGCCAUCUUUGCCAAGCUCUCCUCAGGCAGCAGCAUCGACAGUCACGUCCUGCGACUGGUUCACAGAGACUCCACACUCAGCAACGAGGUGUUCAUGUCGGUGGAUGAGCCGGACCCAGGGAGCCAGGAGACCCCCAGUGGAGAGGACAGCACUCCCACCAUGACCACCUUGGUGCCUCCUGCUGCCCUCCCCCCAGAGGAGCGUCCUCUGGUGGAGUUUGACUCCCCCGACUCUGGUCUGCCCUCCUCCAGAAACUACUCAGUGACCUCUGCUCAUUCCCAGAUCCUGUCGAGCAUAGAUGAUGGUCAGAGCACGGAGGAAGAAGGGGGGGGGGAGGAGGGCAGGACCCCAGGUGUGCUGGGGGGUCGUCAGGACUCUCUGACGGAGGACAGGCUGUGUAGUCAGCUGGACAAACUGGUGACCAAUGGAGCAUCUGCUGAGGGGAUAUCUCCAUCACUCUCCUCAUAUACAAUUGAGCUGUUGGACACAGUCGCCCUGAACCUCCACAGGAUAGACAAAGAUGUGCAACGCUGCGACCGAAACUAUUAUUACUUCACCACAGCCAACCUGGAGAAACUACGCAACAUCAUGUGCAGUUAUGUGUGGGAACAUUUAGAGAUGGGCUAUGUUCAGGGCAUGUGUGACCUGCUCGCUCCACUCAUGGUCAUCCUGGAUGAUGAGUGCCUGGCAUACAGUUGUUUCACUCAGCUAAUGAAGAGGAUGAGUCAGAACUUCCCUAAUGGUGGAGCCAUGGACACACACUUUGCCAACAUGAGGUCACUGAUUCAGAUCCUGGACUCGGAGCUCUUUGAGCUGAUGCAGCAGAAUGGAGAUUACACUCACUUCUACUUCUGUUACCGCUGGUUCCUGCUGGACUUCAAGAGAGAGCUCCUGUACGAGGAUGUGUUUGCGGUGUGGGAGGUGAUCUGGGUGGCUCCCAGGAUUUCCUCGCAGCACUUUGUCCUCUUCCUGGCCUUGGCCCUGGUCACAGUUUACCGUGACAUCAUCAUGGAUAACAACAUGGACUUCACCGACAUUAUCAAGUUCUUCAAUGAGAUGGCCGAGCGCCACGAUGUCCAACAUAUCUUGAAGAUAGCUCGUGAGCUGGUGCACAAAGUUCAGUCUCUGAUGGACAACAAGUGACUGAAGAGCAGGAGGAGGAGGAAUGAGAGGAUGCAGAGGGAGAGGAUGUCUAACCCUACAGGACACACAGCUCCUCCUCUCCUCCGUCAGAGAGACAGAGUGUUUCCAGACCUCCACCUAUCCAGAGCAGGUCCAGAGGGUGAAGGUCUCCUCCCUGCCCAGACGAAGGCCCUGGGAGUGGGACGGGAGUGCUGCUGAAGCGGCCUGGCUCUGGAGCACGGCCUACAUCUGUUUACAUUUACCUUCACAUGGAAUGCUCAUGGUGUCUGUUCAGACAUGUGGAUUUGUCUGCAUGCUUGUAAGUUUGAUCACACUGUGAACGCAUUCUUGAGUCUCCCCAGUCCUGCAGAGCUUGUGUGCGUGCAUGAACACACACACACAUACACACACUCCAUAUUGGCUCAAUCAGUGCUCCAGUUUCUAGGAUCUCGCCCUCUUCUUCGACUCUGAAACAGAACAUGUUGGAAGCCUGUUGGGAAGGCUGAAGUGUUCUCAGUGUUUGACAGAUGUGCUCCUCCUCCAUGUAAUGCCAGAAGAGGUCGUUAGAGUGCAGAAUUUACACACAACACGUCAGAGGAGCAGAAGACUUAGCCACGAAGAAGUUUCCAUUAGUGACCAAAUGGACUGUGCCAACUAUCUUUUCAUGAGUGUUUUCUACAACUAGCAUGCGUGUUUUUACACCCACCACCCCUCCACCCCCACCCCACCCCCCCUUCCUUUUUUCUUUUAGUCCAGGAGUUUAUUCUUACACAAAUGUUGCCUUUAUCAGUAACAGCCCAAGGUACUUAGUUGCACUUUUUGUGAGGGUUUCCUUCAUGGUGCCUGUGAAGGCCUCACCGCAGUCAGAGUGGGGGGGAGGGGGCCUGAGGUGCCACAAGAGGCCAAACUGUUGAGAAACUCAGGAUGAAUUGCAGCCAACUUUUCUGAGCGUGUCAGUUCAGUGGUUAAAGCAUGUUGGAUCUUCGUUCCGAGACAGACAGAAAAUAACAGCACAGCACAAUAGUAAGGACAAAAGCACACAGGCCCUCCUUUUCACUUUAUGCUGUGAUUACACACACAUAUUACACACUGAGCCAAAAUAAAUUCAAAUGGAAUAAGGGAUUACAAAAACAUAAGGAUUUAGUGUUCACCUUCACAGAGACAUAAUGUGGUGUACAGAAGCAGCAUUUAGACUAAAUUAGAGAGUUGUAGAGUUGUAGUGGAUAGCCAAACAUUUAUUAGAUGUUUCAAGUUGAACUGGGGGCUAAUUUGGAUUCAUGACCUCAGACCUUAAUAUUGUUUUCAUUUUUUAGAGGACAAGGUGCCACUAAACACAGAGACUGAUGGACAUGUUUGUAAAGAUGUGUUCAAGCAGAGUGAUUGUAUUUAUCAACGUCUACAGGAGAAUAUGGCUAGAAUUAUUCUGUAUUUUUCUUACUGUCAAUAGAUCCCAUGAAAAGACCAAAAUCAACCGUCUAACUUCUGGAUUCUGUCUGCGACUCUCAGCCCACUGAGGACACAAAUCUUCAAAAUGGAUUUUAAAUAUGUAUGUUUCUUUCUUUUAAAGACUCGUUAAUUUCUUAAAUCAAUAGGGCACUGUUGUUUUUAGCAUACCUUACACAGACUAGAGUGUAUAGUACAUUUGUUGGAGACUGUUUUCAGAAGCAGAUUAGUACAUGUUGGUGUUAUAGUGAGUAUUUACAGCAGCAGGGUUGAAGGUUUUCCCCUGAUUUGACCUGUUGCUGCCCUUUUCCCAGAAUGUCUGGCAUUUCUUGUCAUGAAUGAAGCUAGAUUUUGAAAACAGACUGUACUAAUUAAUCAGAAAGUGACAUUCAUGACACUAUUCUUUCAUAAUGUGGUAAUAGUGAAAAAGUUCUUCUUUGAUCCUCUGUUUAUCACUUUCAUGUUCAGGUGGUUAUAUAGUUGACCUGAGAUUAUUAUGGCCUCAGAGGCAGGGAAGGAAUAUCCAUGCUGUUGCAGUGGUUUGAGGUAUGGGAUUUUAUGGGAUAUUGUUAUCACUGUAAAUGCCCCACUGCUCUGAUUGAGGCUGGAGGUUUGCAUAUCUGAAGCUACUUGACAAACCACCAGCAGAGUUUUCAUUUACCGAUCGGAUUAAGUGAAUGGAACAGAUUGCACAAUCAACAGAAAUGCUUUACCACAAAGCUGAACAAUAGAAUACCACUUUCAAAUGCCAUUCAAGUUUAAACUAUAUUUUAUCUACAACAUGUUUUUGGAAGCAUUAAUGAGGUUAAGAGAAGGCUUCUUGUUUCAGUACAUACUGUAUAGUAGCCUCUGCUGUCUGAAUGAACAGGUUCUCAGGAUUCUGCAGGACCAGGAACAGAAUCUCAAGUCCUAGUAAUUAAACAUAAGCAGGACAGUAUGGGACUGAGUCAAAAUAAUCUACAGUGUGUGUGUUCACAGUAAUGAAGGAUCACGUCACAGAGUGCAACAGAGUGACUCGAUGAUGUGUUCGUAAUAGAUUUUGGACAACAGUGGCACAGAGGAAUAAGAUAUAUCUGGCUUUUGGUGCACACACAAUUGUCAGUUGGAUACAUUCAGUGUUGGUUUGGGUCUUUUCAUGGUGCAUUGACCAUAAGAGAAAUUGCCAGCUCUGUCCUUUAAAUGAAUUCAUGUUUUUUCAGUGGAACUGGAGUCAAACAUGCUCACUGAUCUGAAGGCACAAUGAAAACUGUUGAGCUUCUUGUUGCUUUCAGCAGUGCUGUCAGGAAAAGUGGUUGCAGUCGUCCAUGUGGAACCUGAUUCUUCUCCUGCCUCAAGUCCAGAGAAUAAGACAGACUUGAACUGUGUUGGUCUAAAUAACAGAUCUGUGGUCACAGGUUACAAAAAAACCUGACACAAAGCUGCUUUUAAUGCCAAACUUUGUCUAGUGUUCAGUGAAUCAGUAUUAGGUUGGUUUUGGCUUUACAGUCACAGCACAGAGUACAUUCAUGUUUCUAUCUGAAGGGAAUCUGAGACAUUUUUGAUACUGUUUCCUAUCCCCUCAUCAGUGUGACCCUUUAUCUCCACCCUCCUCACCUCUUUAAAAUGUCCAACACGGCUGCAUAUGAUUGGUCAUCCAGCAUGGACCUGCACCUGUGAUUCAAGUGCCAAGAGUCUUCCCCAAUCCUGAAGUGUACUGUAGUCAUCUGGCUCUCUGAUUCGCUAGUUUGAUCCCAGGAAUGGGCAGUGGUGUGGAUGUACCUUGCUACGGACUCUCCCCCUACUCCACCCUGCCGUUGCCACAGCAAUGGAGUAGGGUUGGUGGGGGAAACCUGGGCCCAUAGCAGAGCUUUUUCUUCCUAUCAGGACAUUGUGUACCAAAGCCUUGAAACAGCCCCCUCUGUGGCAUGACGACAAUGUGCAAUUUCAUACUGCAUCUUGAAGACUGACUGUUUACUAUGUGUGUAAAAUAUUUUUGAAAACGGUGAUCUUGGAUUCUUUGACUACUGUGCAAUUUCUGUCGUUUGAGAAAACCCAUCAAAGUCUAUAUUGCUGUAAAUAUGAACCGAAAACCCAAUAUUUCUAUGAAGACAGUCAAACAUAUAUAUAACUUAUUUUGAGAUCUAUUUUUUAUGUUGGUUUUAGCAGCACUAGUCAGAGGUGUGUACUGUGCAGAAAUGCAGAAUGUGUGCAGACUAUGUUACACGUUGACUGUUAAGUGUUCUUUCUCAAUGUUGUGCACUGACUUCAAGAUUUCAAAUUCUAUUUAUUUAGAGAGCCAGUGAUUGCAUUGCUGAAUAUGUACUGGUAAGGAUGUAUCAUUUGCCUUGAAUGUAAUGUAUUAUUAAAUAAGGGGUUGUUCAUUA